ACUCAGUGCACAAGAAGCUGUGGGAGGGGGAGCAUCUCUCGCCAAGUGCUCCGCUGAAAUAUGUAGUGAAAAAAAAAAAAAUAAAAAAAAUAAAAAAAAAAUAGUAAUAAAGAAAUUGGAAAAAAUAGGAGAGGAAAAGAUCAUUAAGAAAUAACGUGUGCUAUGGAAAUAAGAUGCGGAGUGUUACAAAAUGGCUAAAACAAGAGAGGAAUUAGUCGGAAAAAGAUUUUUAAGCGUAUCUGGUGGUAAUACCAAAUUAAAGUUAUCAAAAAUCACUGAGUGGGAUUGGAGGGCUGGGGUGAUCCGGGCUUGUACCCACACAGACUCCAAACACCACGAUCUGCAGGUGUUGGUGGAAUACGAUGACGUAGAGUGGCAGAGGAGGGAGUGGGUUCACGUCUAUCGGGGCCAGGUGUUCCAAAUAUUCUUGCUGGAGCGAACUCUGGCGUGGGCAGCAAGGAAACACCCCACCAAACUCCGCGCCUCACCUGUACCCUGGCCCGCCCUGGUGUACGUGCCCCUGGUGGAUCAGGUGGGCAUUUCAGAGCACAAGUACCGCCCCGUGGAGUACCUGGGCGACAGAGGGCUGGACUACCAUGACUACUCUCAAAUCAAACCGUAUCAGGAUGGAGACCUUGGAUGCGUGGGCGGCGAGGAGUCACUGCGGGCGCUGCGGGCGUGGCUGGGGGAGCAGGACGGCCAAAGGAUACUGCUCACCACGCCCUCGGUCCUGGUGGGCUUCCGUGUGCAGGUGUACCGCGCCGAGGGAACGACACAAUGGUACACUGCUGUCAUUGUGGGCUACAACGAAACCACCAGAGAGCUGACGGUGACAGAUGACACAGUACUAGAGGAACACUCAGAGGACCCCAGCUUGGUGCAGAUCAGACUCAUAGGAGAGGGAGUUGUGGAGAGUAUUCUUCGUGGAGAAAAUGUUGGAAUCACGCCUCGAAGGUCACGCACCGCGACCAACAACCACCAUCAGUCAGGGGUGCGUCACAUCAGGAGGGACGGGGUGUUGCCUGGUCGGGGAAGGAAAAACGCCCUUAGUAGACCAAGCAAUCUCCACCCGAACUCCACCCACACCCUGCCCCCCGCCCUGCCCUCCUCCACCACCACCACCACUACCACAACCACCACCCCCUCCUCCUCCCCGCCACUCUCCCAUCAUCACCACCACCACCACCAUAACAACAACAACAACCACCACCACCACCACAGCCACCCCGCCGCCACCACCACUGCCACCACCACCACCACCUCAUCCACCACCACUACCACCACCACCACCGUCACUGCCCACGCCACCUCCGCGUCCCCCUCCACCUAUACCCCCUCCACCUUGUCCUCCGCCCCCUCCACCCCCUCGGAGGACAGAGAGAGUCCCCUCCCGUCGGUGGAGGAGGACAGACAGGCCCAGCAGGCGUCGGCAGCAGCAGAGGCAGCAGCAGCGGCGGCAGCAGCAGCAGCGGCAGCAGCAGCAGCAGCAGCGGCCGCCACCUCGCCGCCACCCACACCACCAUCACCGCCGCCUCAGCCACCGCCCACCACAUCGUCAUCGCCCCCCGCGGAGGACGCGCCCCCCGACAAGAGGGGCACCACCCACCACCACCACCAUCACCACCACUUGCACCACCACCACCACCACCCGCCACGCCCGCACGCCCCGGAGCAGCCCCAGCAGGCGGACGCGCCGCAGGACAGCAAGGCCUCGCCGGGGCCCAGCGAGGGCGUGCACAGCCCAGACAGCGAGCAGGAAGGCGAGGCGGCCAGCAGAGACGGCGCGGCGGGCAGGGAGGGCAGGGAGGGGCGCAGGGAGGCCGAGGGCGGCGCGGGAGGCAAGAAGGAGGCCAAGGAUGUCCCGGCAAAGGACAUUCCUCUGAGACAAGUCCGCGUGCACCUGCAGCAGGUGAAGGACCGCCCAGCUCCCCCUGAGGCCUCGCCCCCGCCUCCGCCCUCCCCGCCCCAGCCCCAGCCCCACCACACCAGGAGGCGGCAGGCCCUGGAGGGCACGCCGCCCCCCGACAGGCAGGACCAACCCGUGCCCGACAGUACAGAGAAAAGCAGCCCCUCCACGCCCGCGCCGCCCAGCCCCAGGCAGCCCACGCCCCCGAGGGAGGACGCCCGCGCCAGCCCCUCGCCGCACGCCGCCACAGACAAGGAGUCCAGCUCCCCGCCGCCGCCGCCGCCGCCGCCGCCGCCGCCACAGUCGCCGCCCGCGUCCACCAAGGACCAGCUGCUGAGGAAAUUCAAGUUCCAUCUGUCCAAACAGCUCAAGGUGCAGCUGUCCCGCCAGCUGCCCCGCCACAUCGCGCCGCACCACCACCACGCGCCGCACCAGCAGCACCAGCAGCAGCAGCAGGCCCGGGACAAGAACAGCAGCGGCAGCAGCACCCCGCCGCCACAGACCACAGCAAGCAAGAGAGCGUCUGGCGCCAGCAACAAGCAGGCGUCAAGCAGGGCACCCGCGCAGCAGAGGAAGAGACGCCAGACGCCAGCCAGGCAGCAGACACAGCAGCAGACGCAGCAGCAGCAGCAGCAGCAGCCAGCGACAGGCAGAAGGAAAGCCACCGCCCCAGCAGACAGGAAGAAAAAGCGGAAGCUAGUCAGGGUCCUGCAGCAGGGCGAGAAGCGACCAGGUUUGUGUUUGUGUCCAUCUCUCCACGUGUACGGGUGCGGCUGGCGUCGUGACCCGCGCGGGCGUGGCGGCAGCAGUGUCACCAGUGAGGCUUCUUCAGGAGAGGAGGACGGCCGCCGCCCCCCGCCACGCUCCUUCACCCCCGCGGCGGCGCCUCUAGACAAGCACCACAGUGAGGAGGAAGCCCAUCCUACAUCCUCCUCCUCCUCCUCCUCCUCGUCGUCGUCCUCGUCGUCGUCAUCAUCGUCGUCGUCGUCGUCGUCGUCGUCAGGCAGCGGGCCCUCCACGCCUGACCACCGCCCUGUCCGUAGGACCUUCCGUAGUAGUCGUCUGAGGGGCGAUAGCGACGCCGUCAGUCUCUCGUCGUCGUCGCCGUCGUCGUCAUCGUCGUCGUCGUCGUGCAGUGGGAGCAGCACCCCCGAGCCGGAGCUCCCCACGCGGCCGCCGUCACGCCGCGUCGCCGCCAAAGCCGCCCUCCUCCGCCGCCAGAAGCUCGGGGUCCACGCCCCCACCGGCGGCAAGCGCGGCCCCGCAGCCCACCGCCGCCGCUCCCCCCAGGCCUGGCGUAGCCUCUCGCCCCCGUCCCGCGCCUCCCACACGCCCCCGCCUCCCGCGCGUGGCCGCGGCACCCCAGACAAGACCCCCGCGGGCGGCGAGGACGGCCGCUGCCUCAAGAGGAAGAACGUCAGCCCGACGCGCGCCCCCGGCAAGGCCCACCGCUACGGCCCCCGCGGCGCGGCGCCCCACAGGCAGCCCCCGCGCUCCCCCCACUCCCCGGUGAACAGUAACAAGGCCCCGGAGGCCCCGCCCCGCCGCGCCCCCAAGACACCCUCCCCGAAACCCCCCGAGGCCAAGCCUGCUCCCGACGCGGCGCCCAAGUCGCCCGCCACCCCCUCAGCUCCUGAGGCUAAAAGUCCCCCUGCCGCAGACGCCAAGGCCCCCAGCCCCGAGGUAAAGGAGCCCCGCACCCCAGACGCCAGGCCUACGCGUACCCCAGACGCCAGGUCGCCGCGCACCCCAGACACCAAGUCGCCCCGCACCACAGACGCCAAGUCACCGCGGACCCCAGACGCCAAAUCCUCCCGCACUCCUGACGCCAGGUCAUCGCGCACCCCGGACGCCAGGUCACCCCGCACCCCGGAGGUCAAGUCUCCCCGCACGCCAGACGCCAGGUCGGGCACCCCUGAAGGCAAAUCACUCACGCCGCCCCGCGCCAAGUCACCAUUCGCGCGAAACACCAAGCCCCCUGCUGACACCAAGCCCCCCUCGUCUCCUGAGGCUAAAUCUCCACCUACCCCUGUGGCCAAGCCCUCCCCAGCCCCCGACACUAAGCCCCCUCCACCCCCUGAACCCAAGGCCCCCGCUCCUGACACCAAGCCCCCUCUCCCUGACACCAAGGCCCCUCUCCCUGACACCAAGCCCCCUCUCCCUGACACCAAGCCCCCUCUCCCUGACACCAAGCCCCCUCUCCCUGACACCAAGCACCCACCUCCUGACAUAAAGGAGCCAUUCCCUGACAUCAAGGCCCCAGUCCCUGACAUCAAGCCCCCACCCACAGAUGUAAAACUCUCCCCAGUCCCUGAUACAAAGGCCCCGGCCCCUGACGCCAAGGCCCCGCCCACUGCCCCUGACACCAAGCCCCCGGCCCCUGACACCAAGCCCCCGGCCCCUGAUAUCAGGCCCCAGUCUCCUGACAUCAAGGUCUUGGGCCCUGACCCCAGAGCCCCAGCCCCUGACACCAAGCCUCCCGCAGCCCCUGACACCAAGCCCUCCUCACCCCCCACCCUAAGCUCCUGUGCCCCCACGCCAAGCCAGCUUCCCUCGCCAAGCCCCCAGCUGCCCCUGACGCCAAGCCCCUCUCCAGCACACCCAGCAAGCCCUCCCCGCCCCCCGCCGCCACCCCCGCGUCAACCCUUGACAGCAAGCCCCCGGCCAGCCCCACCACCAAGCCCUCUUCACCCCCAGACUGCAAGUGUCAGCCCAAGGCCCCAGGCCCUCCCCUCGCCCCCAGGGUCACCCAGUCAUCCCCCUCCCCUGAAGCAAAGCUUCCCCAGCCCUCCACCACCAGACCCGCCCCGCCCCCCGCCACCCAGGAGCCACCACCACGACCCCCGUGCCCCCCGCCGCCCCCGGCGGACUCAUCCUCAGAGGACCCCGUGGUGGUAUAUGAGAAGACCAACAGCGGCCCCCCACGCUGCUCCCCACCAGGUCGCCGCCUCCCAGAACACCCCCCGGUCCCCGCCCGUGCCCCCGCUCCGCCCCCACGCCCGCCGCCCGUUGUCGAGGAGGAAGUGCUGAUCGUCGGUGAAGGCCGCGCUGCCCACUCGCCGCCCAGCAGCAACGUCAGCCUCGCCCCGGGAUGUGCCCGGCCUCCGCCAGGGGAGUGCCCGCUGCUUAGGGAGGAGGCGCCAGGCAGCAGCAGCAGCAGCAGCAGCAGCAGCAGCAGG